CCCGGGUAGCUUAGUCAGUCCCCUAACGUUGCGAGAGGAGCAUCAUGGAGGAAGUCUUCGCCGUCAUGAACUUACAACAACAACAGCCCCACGCUGCCGCUGCAACUCUUCAUGCUGACGAUGUUGACGAUCAGAUAAUGGGUCAAGCUGCAUUAGAAGUUGAAGCCAUGGAUAACACAUCCCAAGCUGAAGCCGUGGAUAACACAUCACAUCCCAGAAACGGAGCGGAUGUUGGUGGUGGUGAGGUGGGGGAUGUUCCAGAAACUCCCAAGUCUACCGGUGAACACAUCACGGGCGAGUCAUUGGGCAACAACAACCGCGGCGCGUUGGGAGGUGUCGGUAAAAUGGGGCGGCGCGUGCUGAGAGAGGGGCUUCUGCGACUUCUGAAGGAUGUGAUACCUCCAUUACCAGUGUCUCGUCUGAAGAACGACCCACCGGCCAGCGUAACGCAUAUCCACGGCAACAACAACAGACACGCUUCGGUGAUGGUGUGUCUUGACUCUCCGUCGGGCGCUGAAUCGCGAGAGCGGCGGCGAAGUCGUCUGCAGCAAAAAGAUCAUGAAAUGCGUCAAUCACGACUGGAAAAAAAAAUGCAGCAUAUGGCGGAAGUGUUGCGGCAGCUCCAGCAGCAGGAGACGCACCAGAGACGACAAGAUCGCGACCGGGGACAAGAACGGCGGCGAAGAAUGACAAAGAAUAAUUUGCCGAAGCAGCAAGAACACCGGGACCCAAGACUGUCUCAGAAGAGCCUCCAUAAAGUUGGGAGAAAAAAACUUCAGGUGGCCAAACGUCAGGCGGGUCUCUUCUCCUCAGCGGCGGCGUACGGUCGGGGAAAACCAAUGAAAAAAAAUCUCUCUGUGACCAAGAAACUCGUCUUUGAAGACCCACCAGCGCGGCGUGCAGCAGCCGCGGCCGCUGGAGAAAAUCUCGCGCCACAACCGGGCCCUUCCAAUGCGGCUCGUGCGGACGAAACAAAUGAAAGCUUCUCAAGCACUGACCUUCCUUCAGCUUUCAAUUCUUUGAAUUUUUCUCAUAGCAUGGACGUGAAUAAUAUUAUAAAUGUUCUUGAUGAGAGUCCUAUAUUUAGUGCUUAGCAAUUUUUUUUUUAUAUAUGUACUCGCUCUGUGUGUAUUAUUUUUUAUAUAUAUGUGCUUGUGUUGUGUAUUUUUUUUCUUCAUUUUUUUUAUGGCGAUUGUGUAUUUUUGUUUUUAGGCUUAGCAU